UCUCAGUCACUGAUAUGUCAGGAACAGAGGUGGAUGGCGAUGUCUGAUGAAUUUGUUAAGUCAGGUGUCUUGACCUUCAAGGUCCUUUUACCAGUAAUGGGUAAGGAUUUGAAGGCAUGGGAAAAGGCAGGGGUUUGAUGAGGUAUCACAGGCAGUGUAAACUAAGAGGCAUAUAGUGUGUUGUCUAAAAUAUCUUUUUGAGGGACCUCAAACUAUUAUCAUUUGCUAUACUGUUGAUCAUUAUGUUAAGUUCAUCUUAUUCGUAUAUGGAAAGUACUUAAUGAAGAUAAUAUACUUUAUAUUUUUUUUAUGUAACCAUUCAAGUAUUUGUUGAAAUGCUUUUGUUACUGAUAAAUACAUGUACAUUUAAAUUGAUUUUGUUCUGUCUGUGAUUUUGUAGAUCUGGAUGUUCAGCUGGUCUCAGAUCAAGCAUCCUCUUCUGUACUGACUCCACUAUCCCCAGCUUCAUCCCAUUCAUCAGAUUCCAUAAUUGUCUUGAGUCCACAAGAAAGAGGAGGAACCCAACAGGGUUAAUGGACCAGAAUGGAGCAAGACAGGUAAGCUUUGAAUAAAUGCAUUUAAAAUCCUCAAUUACGUAAUUGUUUAUUAUUGAUACUCAUCUGUAGAAGUGUUUUGUAAAUGUAUUCUCGGCAUAAAGGAAAGCCAUUAAAAAUCCUCUUAAAUUUCCAUGAGCAUGCCAUAACAACGUAAGACGUUUUGGCAGAAAGUUGAUUGUGUUCUGAGGGCCAGUCCAAAGGGUGAGGAAAUCUUCAAGGGGUAUGAAAAGACCAAAACACUAACAGAUGCCACACGUGAACAGAUGGUGACCGUCCUGGUUGCAGACAUGUUAGAGCUACAUGGGUAAGAAUUGGAGGUCACUUCCCUCCCUUUGUCAUCAGAACAGAUUCAUGUGGCGCAGCUAAAGAAUGCUAUUCUGUGUUGGUGGAAAAGGGGCAUUUAUUCUUUAACUUCUUGCAAAACAUAUUAGCUUGCAAAGUAAACUGAUUUAUUUUGAAAGGAGGAUUCCAUCGUCAAGUGUGAGGACCAGUUAUGCACUGGGUAUUGUGACACUUUUUCCAUACCUCCAAGAUCCUUUCUCCAAACAUGGAUAUGUAAGUUCUUGUAUUCUGUCUGAAAACCCAAACCAGUAUGUGUUUUUAUAUUUUCUUCCCUUUUAUAGUUUUAAAGGUAAAAUGAUCUUGUUUUAGAUGAGUGUUUAUAGGUUGCUCAACUUUGUAUUUUCCACUUGUUUUUGUAAUGUUAUAUAGUCAUUGUGUGAACUUAUUGUGUUGAGUAAUUCAUUCUUGAAGCCAAGUAUGAGAUGCCUCUGUUUGGGUCUUUUCUUAAACAGGAACACUACUAUGAUCUACUAUGAUCAAGACAGUUCAACGUAACACCUGUGCUGGCUCCCGGUGUCAUUCCAAGACUGUUCUUCCGGAUGGUCCAAAAACCAGACAAGAAUCUCUGUUAACCUGUCAACAGCUAUUUGGUGAGGAGUGCAGGGAGGCGAUAUCUACAAUAAGACUUUCCACUGAUGAAUCUGUGGUCAAAGAGAAGAUGAGAGCGACUUUCCAAUAUCGACAGAAGAUGGUCGUGAGGAUGCAUCAUCUUCAGUCCUGGAUUUGUUCCCUCGUUUCCUCGAUGUACCUGGAUUGAUCAGGAUUUCUCCAUGAUGUUUGGUGAGGAAGUGUCUCAGAAGUUCCUAGCAAUGUGGUCAACAUUCUUCAAGCCAAAAAUCAUUGCAGACUGCAAGACUCUUAAGAAUAUGGGCAAGCUGCUGUCAGGAACUGAACCUGAAUCUGAGGACUACAAUGGAUGGGACAGUGAUAUGUCCUCAAUCCUUUUGCUGCUGCACCUGCUCCCUCCAACCUCAAGAAAAAAACAUCCAAAAAACAUCCAAGAUCAAAAAACAUCCAAGAUCAGUUCAGCUCAAGCAACCAGCCAUCUUGUGAGAUAUCUUAAGGAAGGAGCCAGUGUGACUACCUUCAUUGAGAGUGCUGACACAAGACAACCAUUCCUCCUCUGCAUCGGUGAGCGAAAGAAGGAUAUCCAAAAGUUCUACGUUAUUAUCGACCAAAAACCGAUCCCAUGUAAGGCGUACACAUCAGUGGCAGCUUUUGAUGAACUGUUCAAAGCUCACUAUGUCUUCAGUCUCUCAUAUGAUGAAGCUCUUUGUGAUUUCUACACAUUUAUCCAAACCACUAUCUAUAACAUCGAUGUCGGAAGAGCAAAGGAGAGCCCGCGUGUUAAAGAACUUCUAGCACGAUUGCUGCAGCGAGAUUAACAGCCUUGAAGAGGCAAAAAAGUCAUGUGUGCUCAAUUCAUUACAGUAUUUCCAUUGUACUGAUAACUAUGCUGUUGACAUCAUGCAUGAUCUGCUACAGGGUGUGGUACAGUAUGAAGUUAAGCUGGUUUUUGAGUACCUUGUUAAACAGGACUACGUCUCUUUGAACACAUUGUCAGAUAGGAUACAGAGCUUUAAUUAUGGUUACACAGACGGUAAAAACAAACCAAGUGGGUUAAAAAUGGAUGAUAAGAGCAAACACCUGGGUUUGAAUGCCAUACAGUCAUGGUGUCUUCUGCGCAACACUCCACUGAUAUUUGGUGAUGUCAUUGAAAGGAAUAACAAUCACUGGAACUUUCUCCUGCUUUUGAUACAGAUUGUCAAUAUAGUGUUCUCCUUCACCAUAACUGGUGGGAUGAUAUGUUACUUAAAAGAUCUGAUCUGUGAUCACCAUACUCUAUUCAAAGAACCGUUUCCUGACAAGAGGUUGAUUCCCAAGCACCACUUGAUGAUACACUAUCCGAGAUGCAUAAAAAAAAUUGGCCCUCUUAUCCAUAUGUGGUGCAUGCGAUUUGAAGCUAAGCACCAUAUUUUCAAAAUAUGUGGCAAACAUUUCAAGAAUCUCAUUAAAUCAUUAGUAAAGCAACAUCAACGUCAAUUGGCAUUUAACUAUGAAAAUUAUUGUUUUAGAAGGUUUGAAUUUGGUACUACAACAUCAAAAACCAUCUGUAACUUGCAAGGUGGGGAAGAACUCAGUCAGACAUUAUAUUUAGAAGCCUGUUUGAGUGUUACAAGUACAAAGUGGGUCAGACAUUAUGGUACUGAGUAUCAGGUUGGUUUGUUCAUAUGCACUGGAUGUACCUAUGAUCUCCCUGUGUUCAAAAAGAUCUGUGAGAUAAUAAUAUAUGAAGAGAGUGCUUUCAUAAUUUCCUGUAAUGUAAAAACGAUGUACUAUGAUGACCACUUCAAUGCAUACUGUAUAGAAGAUGACCAAAUGGAUGAGUUUUCUGUCAUCUCUGUGAAUGAACUGACACAUUAUAGGCCAUUUGACAAGCAGUGCUCUAAUGAGAAUAAUCAAAGAGAGUACAUAGAGCCCAAUGGUUAUAUUUAGAAAGACUUGACUUUGACUGACUUGGCGUCAGUAAUGUUAACGCCUUUUAAAAAAUAAAACUAUUAUAAAGCAAUCAACUUGGUUUUUUUUUCUUUAUUUGCCUUUUAGAUUUGUAAUCCAUUUAAAUGUAAUUUUAAUUGUGAAGUAGCAUAUUAACACUUUAUAGUGUUAGAGGCAACUCAUUUUAUAGUAUGCAAU